CUCACCUACACAGACUCAGAGACCCAAAGCAAUUCAAAUCCACCCUUCUCACUCUCUCUCUCUCUCUCUUCUUCUUCUUCUUCUGCUUCUGCUCUCAGAUCUAGGUUUUAGGCCGCGGAGACCAAAGAUGAUGCAGCUCCUGUACACGGUGAUCUUCAGCCAAAUGGCGCUGAUUCUGACGCUGCUGUUCAAGUCGCCUCUGAGAAAGCUGGUGAUUCUGGGCCUGGACAAGCUCAAGCGGGGCAAAGGCCCAAUCGUGGUCAAAACUGUGGGCGGUACUGUGGCCGCUGUGCUCUUCGCCAACGUCUACAAUCUCAAUGAGAUCAAGAACCGAACCAACGAGUCCGGCAUGCUCAACCCUACCGACGAUGUCCUCAUGUCCAUGAAAAUGCUCGAGAUUUCUCUCAUGGGGUUUUUUCUGUUCCUUUCACUGAUGAUUGAUAGAUUGCACCAUUACAUAAGAGAACUUCGAUUUCUGAGGAAGGCCAUGGAGGCUGCAAAGAAACAAAACCAAACUACUCAAGAGGAGAAAAAUGGGGGCCACAAGACCUUGGUACAAGAGAAUGACACAUUGAGGGCAAAAGUUAAGAAUCUGGAAUCUGAAUAUGAGACCACAGAAAAGAAGGCAAAGGUAGCAGCAGCUGAGGUAGAGGCCCUAAGGAAGCAAUCUGAGGGACUCCUCCUGGAAUAUGAUCGCUUGCUGGCAGAGAACCAAAAUCUUCGGGACCAGUUGAAAUCAAUUGAUCAGAGCAUAUCACACUCUGAUGACAAAAAAAGGACGUAAGACGGUGGUUAAACUGUAAUUGUCAAACAUCUUUUGUCAAUAUCUACCUCUAUGAGGGUACUGUAGAUCUGGAUUGAGGCAGAAAGGAAACUGAGCGCACUUACCCAAUAGGGACCAAUAUGGAUAUAUAAUGGGUUGCCAAUGGUAGUCAAUGAUGCAACAAUGUAGUUAAUUUUCAGUUUUAUCGGAUAAAGAUUUCUCAGAGUAGUAGUUAUACUUCUGCAUAA